GCCGAGACCAGGGGAAGUGGCGGAGAAUAGUAACUCCGGCCCCGAUGACCCGCCCAAGCUCGUCGCAUCUCCAAGAAUCGUGGAAAGCAUCAUGAACUGUAUGACCAUUUAUUUAACCAGUUCCCCCGUUGGUCCUGGACGGCCUUUUCCGCUGCUGUUUGCGUCGAUGCCCGGGCCAUCUUAGAUUUUGAUCUCCACCAGCUUCCCUAGUUCUACACGAUGCUCACGGAUCUAUUGUUUACUCUGUCCCGUGUCCCUUCGCAGGCUACUUCGAUACGGCUUACUCCUUGGUAGCAAGCUGGCGAAACCAUGGUGACGCGGCGCAUUGUUCGAACCGGUAUUCAACUGGGCCUACUGGUCCUGAUCAUCCUCGUGACACUGUUGAUCUUCGAUAGUAGGCUAGAGCUCUUGCCUGCCGUAAUCCAUGACCAUCUUCCUUCUCAUCACCCGGGGCUUGUUGUCACCGAUGUCACUGUCACGACCUGCUCUUCCCUAAACAUCUUCUCAAGCUGCAUGCUCGACCCGGAGACAUGGCAUCGCAUCGAGAAGGACCUAUACCUGGGGACCGGUUGGACCUCGAGCGCUUUCUUACACAUACGAAGGAAGAAGGAAGAGGAUCUUCUUCCUGCCGAUUUAAUUGUAGUUGACCUAAAAAUGGGUAGACUUGAUCCUGGUGCUGGCACGGAUAAAAAGUGGGAGCCAAGGCCGGCUGGUAUUUGGCUCCUGAGAACCGACAGAGGUCAUACAGGAGAUCCACAGAAGGUUAUUACCUCUUUGGAUGUCCUUUUCGGUCCUGAUGCUGCGGAUCCUCGUCCGGGCUGGGAAGUGAAAGAUACGCCGCUAUUGCUGGAUACCAACAGUGAAGCGCGUUUGUCUAUCAGGCGAGGACACCCUGCCAAGAUUGAUCGGCCACCUCCGAGAAUUCGCAAAGACGGGAAAUUUAAGAUAAUGCAGGUGUCGGACCUGCAUUUGAGUACAGGGGUUGGAAGGUGCAGGGAGCCAAUCCCGCCUUUGAAAGAUGAGAGCAAGUGUGAAGCGGAUCCUCGUACCCUGGAAUUCAUUGGCAGAAUGCUUGACGAGGAAAAGCCCGACUUAGUCGUUGUAUCCGGCGACCAAGUUAACGGGGAUACAGCGCCCGAUACGGUGACAGCGAUCUUUAAACUCGCUGAUAUUUUCGUUCAACGCCGUGUUCCGUGGGCCGCUAUAUUUGGAAACCAUGACGAUGAGGGUAGCCUUGAUCGAUCACAGUCCAUGAACGUCUUACAGCAGUUACCGUACUCUUUAUCGGAGCCUGGCCCUGUCGAUAUCGAUGGCGUGGGCAACUAUAUAGUUGAAGUUCUUGACCAUACUUCAUCUCACUCCGCCUUAAGUCUUUACCUCCUCGACACACACAGUUACUCUCCAAAUGAGCGCCAAUUCCGGGGAUACGAUUGGAUAAAACCCAGCCAGAUCGAAUGGUUCAAGGCUAGCUCACAGAGACUUCAGAAGUCUCACCGCGAGUAUCGCUAUAUCCAUAUGAACAUGGCGUUCAUUCAUAUUCCACUUCCAGAAUACCGAAACCCAAACAACUUCUUCCAGGGAAACUGGUCGGAACCUUCAACUGCUCCAAGGUUCAAUUCAGGAUUUAAAGAUGCCCUCGUCAGCGAGAAUGUUCUCGUUGUAAGCUGUGGCCACGAUCAUGUAAAUGACUACUGCAUGCUAGACCAGGAAACCGAUUCAGAGCCGUCAUUGUGGAUGUGCUACGCCGGGGGUGGCGGCUUUGGCGGCUAUGGUGGAUACGGCGGCUACAUACGACGCGUCAGAUUCUUCGACAUCAAUAUGAACUCUGCCAGAAUAAUGACCUACAAGCGGCUUGAGUAUGGCGACACGGAAUCAAAAAUUGAUGAGAUGAUGAUUGUCGACGCUGGUAAAGUGGUCCAGCCCGAUUAUUAAGUGCUACUUGUUCGCCUCCUCUGAAUCUGUUUAUUUAAUUUAAAUUUCCCUUACCGAAAAAGAGAAAGCGUGACAUGUGUGCUAAAACAUAAGCGUUGGAAUUUCAUCCUUUUCUUUUUUCUUUUUUUUCUUUUCUUUUCUUUUUUUUUUUUUUUCCUCUCUUGCCUUUCUCUCUCCCUUGUUUUCUUUCAGCUUAUUCUAUUCCCAUUUUAUGUGGUAUAUCACUGCUGGCUAGGUUUUAUAACUCAUUGUUUCGUAUUUUCCUUUACAAUGUAACACUUUGAUAGAUCUGAUUCCUGGUCCUCUAUUCGGUUAGUUAUUCAUUAGUUUUUCUACUCAAGCUGUCCUUCCAAAAGAGUAUCUGCUUUUUUCUUUAAGUCAUCUUAAAACACCUGGUCGCUUUUUACUACCAUAUACCUUUUUGGUUAGGGUAUUAUUGGUCCUCUUUCUCGCCUUUUUUGUUUCUUUUUUCUUUUUUUUUUUUUUGGCAGAGCGAUCACCACUCCAUUGAUCCAUGUUUGCCU